UUUUUUUUUUUUUUUUUUUACUCUAAAAUAAAGAAAGGCCUUGUUAUUUUCACCCUUUCUCUUUUCUUUUACUCUCAAUAAGUUUCUCCAAUGGCGUUGUUUACCAAAAGUCAAGUUAGAAAAAAUAACACGCUCAAGUCUUGCUGGGUAAUUGUGAAUGACAAGGUGUAUGAUAUUACAAGUUUUUUGGCAGAUCAUCCCGGGGGUGACGGAAUACUUUUAGAAUUUGCAGGCACCGAUGUUACUUCCGUGCUAGGCGACGUGACUUACCAUACGCAUUCAGAUGCAGCAUAUGAUUUACUAACUGACCAUUACAUUGGAGACGUUGUGCAAGAUGGACAAGAGACACUUUUAAAGCAAGUUAGCGUAGGCCAAAAACUUAUAUAUGAAACAGCCAAGGAUACUCGCGAUGAUGAAUUCUUGGAUCUCCGUAAAUCCUUGUUUCCUCAGCUUUGGAACGCUACUUAUUCAAAAGCAUAUUACCUGGAACAAGUGCAUCGACCAAGAUAUACUCCUUACUGUGUACCUUAUUUUGAUCAUCCCUUAUUGGAUAAUCUUUCAAAGACUAACUGGUUUGUAAUACCAAUGCUAUGGUUACCUUUUGUAGUCUAUCAACUCUACAAAUCAUUAAACGCUGUCAAUCAUUCAACAUCUACUGCUGCACAAGGCUUCGGAAUGGGUAUCCUGUUCUGGACAUUGUUUGAAUAUGUGCUUCAUCGCUUCUUGUUUCAUCUAGACGAUUUGUUACCUGAUCACCCACUUGCCUUAUUAGUGCAUUUCACAUUACACGGUAUUCAUCAUCAUAUGCCCAUGGACAGGCUGCGUUUGGUGAUGCCUCCUGUGUUGACUGUCAUUUUGAGUGUGCCCAUUUUCAAGAUUGCACACGCGUGUUUCUAUCCUGCACUAGCCUAUGCAUUUGUAGCAGGCACAUUCUUUGGAUACAUCUGUUACGACAUGGUGCAUUAUUAUCUUCAUCAUGCACAAGUGACUGAGGUGUACUUUAAAGAGUUAAAGCGUUAUCACGUCGCUCAUCAUUAUAAGAAUUUUGAAAGUGGCUUUGGUAUCACCUCAAAAUUAUGGGAUUACGUGUUUGGUACUGUCUUGACGCUUGAAAGUCCCAUUACUCCUUCCUCUACAAACACCAAAUAAUUCUUUGUAUAUAACCUCACUAUUUAAUCUCUUUAAUAUAUCGUCACCCCCCACCCUACUUUUUUUAAAAACAAAUAAAAUGCUUUACCUUUUAAAUAAA